ACAGAUUGCUACUGCGCUUGCGCAAACCGCCGCCAUUUUCUCCCGAGGGACGACGGCAGAUAUUGAUAUGUACAAGUUGUAUUAAACGAUUAAAAAAAUCUCUUGAUUAUGCCAUAGAUAGAAGCAGUGAUGGCAACUUGAAACUUAAACUUCAAAACGUGCUCAGAACCGAUGGACCACUGCCCCGGAAGCGCUCUCUCUUGACCUAUCCGGGACUUGCCGUUCUCUUGCGUUCCCUUCUCCGAACCAAAUGAGCUCCUUCAAAGUAUUCUCAUUGGAUGUCACAGUGGAAGAUCUUCACCCGGGGAAGCACGAUACCCCCCAUGUUAAACUGAAGAAGUCGGAUAUGACGAACAUCAAACAGGAGGCGGAGCCAGAGACCCCCAGCAUUAAAGAAGAAAAACAGGAAGAGGAAAUCUCCAAGUUUCCACUGACUGUCGGUGUAAAAAGUGAAGAAGAUGAAGGUCCAAGCAAAGAGAGCAGAGCAACAAAACUAGCGAGAAGUAGCUUUUUUCAACACCUAAGAACAGAAGGUGAGGGACGAUCGCAACCGGACGACCUCUUAGCGCCAUUCUCGGACAGCGACGAUGUAACAUCACACUCUUCUGACUAUAACACCGAUAAGGAGGAUGUUGACUUUGAGCAAAACGCUUGGAAAUCCUUAAACAAUUCAUCACUGAAAAGUGACAAAAAAGAAUGCCUGGGUGAGAAACCUUUUUCCUGCUCACAUUGUGAUAAAACAUUCACUGCCAAGGAAUAUUUAAUACUACACACGCAUACACACACUAGAAGAAAGCCUUUUGUCUGCGCAUUUUGUGGUGAAAGAUUCACUCAUAAAGGAAGUUUGAAUGUACACAAAAGAUUACACACCGGAGAGAAGCCUUUCGUCUGCUCUCUCUGCGAUAAAAGAUUUUCUAGGAAGCAUUCGUUAACACAACACACGAGGACACACACUGGAGAGAAGCCUUUUGUCUGCGCAUUUUGUGGUAAAAGAUUUUGUUCGAAGCCAGAGUUGACAAGACACACGAUGACGCACACGGGAGAAAAGCCUUUUGUCUGCUCUGUUUGCGAUAAAAGAUUUUGUUCCAAGCAAGAGUUGACAAAACACACGAGGACACACACUGGAGAAAAGCCUUUCGUCUGCUCUCUUUGUAAUAAAACAUUUUGUUCGAAGGAAAACUUAACAAGACACACGAGGACACACACAGGGGAAAAGCCUUUUGUCUGCACAUUUUGUGGGAAAAUAUUCACCCAGAAGGGACAUUUAAAUGCACACACGAGGACACACAUUGGAGAGAAGUCUUUUGUCUGCUCUGUUUGUGACAGAAGAAUUUCUUCGAAGCCAGCGUUGGCAAGACACAUGCAAACACACCAGGUAAAAGGUUCACCCGGAAACGAGAAUUAAACAAUUGUGCAGGAAACACACACCAAGGACAUACCUAUCACUAGCACCGUGUGCUGUAAAAACCUUUAAAAAAAUUUUUUUUAAAUAAAAUAUUUAAAAAAAAAUAAGUGUUAGCAUGAGUUAUAAUAAUUUGAUAUUCAAACCCAUCCCUCCUAAUGUUUUCGUUUUUAUAGAAUUUGAAAAAUGAGUUUUGUAGGUCGCCAUUGUUGUUGACGAUGUCAUGCACUCUAGGCAGUGAGUCACUGGGCGACGCUGCUCUACUUCCAAAGUGUCACUCGUUGGGUCCAAAAACAUGUCGUCGGUUCUGCCCUUCCAAUUUGAACCAGAGCGGAAAAGUGUUGACAGCAUUGUCAAUAUUUCACAAAACCAGCAGCAAAAGCAAUUCAAUGAAAGUCCCCAGGAUUCAAACCGCGUUACCCGUGCGACAGACGAUCGCAUAGACCACAGGACUAUACUUCCGCGUGACGUUAGUCAUGAUGUUCCCCUUAUUAAGCAAUCACAACCCACAUGUGUUGUCUGUCUGUGCGGUAAAACCUGAAAGGGAAAUUCGACUGAAAAGAAAGUGUGGCUGGCUUGAUGAGAGAAUUACCGUAAUUUCCCGAAUAUAACGCCCCCCCCCCAAAAAAAAAAAAUCAACCUGUAAAAUUAUGGUGCACAUUAUACAUGGAUACAGGGAUGGAGACAGAAAUAUAUAUAUAUUAUAUAUAUUUAAAAACCGUUUUGUUUUUAAUUGACACGGCCAUGUUGUGUUGAAGAUACGUAUGCGGCGAUCCGUUGCCGACCAUUACGGUACGUGACGUCACCAUUUUGUUCCGGUAAUACUUCACUCUGAUCGGUCGAAUGAUUUCGUCUGUGUUAAAUUCUGCUUUUUUCACUCUCCAUAAAGCACAGAAUUUAGUUUCUUGAACUCAUUUGAGUCAACGUUUAUUGCAGCUAGUGUUGUAUCGGUCGCGAACGAUUCGUUCUUUUUGAACGAAUUGUUUUGGUGAACGAGACCGAACUAAUCGCCAUCUGCACUGAUUCGUUCUAUGAAGGUGGUGCUUGUUCGCUGCGUGGGAGGGCGUUGAGCAAGCGGCAGCGUCUUCUGACAUCGCACACGACCAAUCAGACGCCAGCCUCAUCGCGGGCAGGGGAGGGAGCGGAAACAGAAUCAGGGCGUCUGUCACUCACGUCCACGUGUGGCCAAUAAGCAGCCAGCGUGCAGGCAGGGGGGCAAGACUGAGUUUUGUCACUUCCUGUUCAGUGACUCGGUCCUCCGGUUCCUGACCUAGCUUGCUGCUAACUUGAUUUUCCAGUAAUGGCUAUGCGGUGAACGAAUCAGAAAAUGAAAGGAAAUGACUUUGUCACAUAUUUGUUAACGUGGAGCCUAUCAAAUGCUGCUCAAACAGACAAAAACACCACACAAAUCUAGCGAGCAUGGUUUAGAGUAGUACUUUUCUCAACAAACUCGUGACUGCCUAUGACGACAUACUAUCAAAUUUACAGUAAUUUAAAACACGGGUAGCUACGAGGCAAGCAAAAGCUGAGCUGCGGUCGCGUGACGGCAGUGAAGCGGGCAGAGAACUGUCACUAUAUGGAGGCUUCAUGGCAGCGAUAUUUACCUCGUGCACAGAAAACAUAUUUAGUAUGAUCACCAUAAUACUGAUUUGCAAUGAAACUAUAUAUACAUGUCAAUUUUUUCCCGAGUGUUUUAUUUUUUUUUUAUCGUGUCAGCGUGUCGGGUGUUGGUUGGUUUGACAAAUUAUGUCAAUCCGUCCAUCAUGUGCUACUCAAGCGCCCAAAAACAACGCACGAGGACACGGGAGAUGUCACAAUAUGUCUACAUUUUUCUUAACAGACCAAUGAGAGUAGAAAGGCGACAUCGUAAAGAGCUAACAAUUAUUUCUCGUCAGCAUUUGACGAUCUGAGAUGCGGGGACGACAGGGGAGCUGACCGGAUUAUUUUAUUUAUUAAUACCAGUGCAAAAAUUCAACACGAUCAUCUUGAUACUAAAAAACAAAAAUACAACAGAGCGAGAUGUAAAUAUGAUGUGUUGGUCGUUCCAUAUUUAGAAAUUAAACUUUCGAUGUAUUUUUAUUUUCGUGACAGCAAGCAUGCUGCGUUGCAUUGUAUAUGUGAUCAAGAACCUGCUAAAGAAAGUCCGUGCGCCCCCGCCCCCUACUCCCCUCACAAAAGGAAAAUGUUUAACCGUGUCCUAAAUCGAAAUGCAAGCACGAGCCAUGACUUUGAGCCCAUAGAACUAGGACAGACGACGCGGAAGUUCUCCCUCGCUUUUGCAGCAGCAGGAGGGAGACGAGGCUGUCUGUGAAAGCAGAAUGAUACCGCCUGUCACUCAUUUCUGAAACUACGACGAGUGGUCAAUGUGGAAGAGAGGGAGGGACCAAGCAAUAUCACUUCCCGUUCAGUUAUACUGCGAAGCGGUCUUUGGUGAUUCGUUCGGCAACGUCACUUCCCGUUCAGUAACCGAACGAUUCGUUUGGGCGGGGAGGGAGAUGAGGGGGGCGAACGAUUCGUUGAACGAUUUGUUUGAACGAAUCUUUUUACUGAACGAACCGGAAUGGAUUCGUUUACUCAAGUGAACGACAGAUCCCGUCACUAAUUGCAGCUCCGCAACUCGGACCUUAACAAACGUAACACAACACAGACUUCCUGUGUCCGUCAACUAUAUCUGUCCGUCGGGAAACUCAAACUCAAAUAACAAUAGUUCCUAUUGUUACUGUCGUGUAUACAGCGAUGAGCUCUCUCGGAUUUCCGACUUACGUUCUCACUUUCAUUUUACUGUAUCAAUCCAUGGAAGAAACAUUUAUUCAUCAUGAUGAAACAAGCAAGUUAUACAGCAGCUUUUAAAAGAAAAGUCACAUCUGUUUUGUUUUCUCCUGGAUUCUGGUAAGUUGAAGUUAUCAGAUCAUAUUAUUACAGUACAUAUUGUCAGUUUACGCUAAUUUUUUAAACUACCAAUGUGCUAUGCUAUGUGCUGUGUUUCACCAGUCAGUAAAAUGACAUUUCUCUAUCUGUACACGAGCUCUGUUUUCUUGUAUUCUUCUAUUUAUUGGUGCUAAAAUUAGGGUGCGCGUUAUACACGGGUACAAUAAUUUCCCCUAGAUUUUACAAGUAAAUUUGGGGUGCGCGUUAUACACGGGUGCGCCUUAUAUUCGGGAAAUUAUGGUAAAAACCGUGGCUCACUUCAGACAGCAAGCAAACAACAAGAACAGGGAUUGCAUAAAAGAGUUUAUUGAACACAUAAAAAAACACGCGAUCGCAAAAAGGGAGACACAAAAAGGGUCCAUGACAGGAGAUGGGGAAUAAUUAAAAAAAAAAAAAAAAAAUUUUUAACUGAGGGAAACUGCGGUGAGAGUUAGACAAACGAAGAAAAAAAACAAGCCAAUGAUGCAACUAGCAACGAAGGGAUAUACAAACUGUGAAACGGUACAGGGUUUCCCCUACAUAUUAGAUAUUGUGGCGCACCGCCACAACAAAAUAAUAGCCGCCACGCCGUGCAAAAUUUAAAAACUUUUUAAAAAAAAAUUUUUUUAAGGCCAUUUCAAACUAAUGGCAGCCUAAGGUGAAGGGUUCAGCGGCAAGCUAUUCAUUGUGUAUUGUAAUGUCUGUAACUAUGGGGCCACCAUAAGAAGUGACGAUCAGGCGGGGAGCUGUGACGUAGAAGCGAGGAGGAGAUAGCGGUCGCAUGUCGCGGAAGCCCGCCGUUAUUUUGCUAUUCCUUUAUUAGUGUUGCCACAAUAAAGUGGCUAAGACAAUACAGACUCCUGUCCUUCUUCCCCCCAUCCGGGGCAUUACUGUAUUUUGUAUUAGACUUUUCGGCGAAAGGGAGCAGUGGACGGCCGUCUUGGACGGAAAGGCAAGUUUCAAUGAAUUUGUGCCGAGCGGCGGGUCAGUGUGUCGCCACGCUAACAUGUCAACAACGCAUUCAAUAGCAGAAAAUGCAGGGCUGUUACAGCGGAUGGAUAUGUGCAAUCGCGGCCGACGAACCCUUGAUAAAUGCGCUUUUUCUCCCCCAAGUUUCGCGAGCUCUGGAACACUCGUAAAAUGUAUCUUAUACCUCUCCUUGCUAAGCUAAAUUGUACCUUGAUGUGCGUUUGUGUGGAAAAGUAGUUCACGAACAACGACAACAAGAAAAAAAACUAUUCACCUUCUCACCGAAACUAGUAAAACUCUUUACACGGCAAUUAGAAUUUCCCCGUACACCUUGAAAUGGCUCCAUUACGAGGAAGUAGGUUUGGUUUCAAUUUGGGCUGUCAAAAAUAUCGCGUUAACGGGCAGUAAUUAAAUUUUUAAAUUAAUCACGUUAAAAUAUUUGACGCAAUUAACGCACAUGCCCCGCUCAAACAGAUUAAAAUGACAGUACGGUGUAAUGUCCGCUUGUUACUUGCUUUUUGGUGUUUGGCGCCCUCUGCUGGCGCUUGGGUCCAACUGAUUUUAUGGGUUAGUACCAUGAGGGAGCAUGCUGUAAUUAUUGACAUCAACAAUGGCGAGCUACUAGUUUAUUUUUUGAUGGAAAUGUUUCCAAAUUUUAAUAAAACAAAAACAUUAAGAGGGGUUUUAAUAUUAAAUUUCAAUAACUUGUACUAACAUUUAUCUUUUAAGAACUACAAGUUAUUCUAUCCAUGGAUCGCUUUAAGAGAAUGUUAAUAAUGUUAAUGCCAUCUUUUUGAUUUAUUGUUAUACUAAAUAAAUACACUACUUAUGUACCGUAUAUUGAAUGUAUAUAUCCGUCUUGUGUCUUAUCUUUCCAUUCUAACAAUACAGAAAAAUGGCAUAUUUUAUAGAUGGUUUGAAUUGCGAUUAAUUACGAUUAAUUAAUUUUUAAGCUGUAAUUAACUCGAAUAAAAAUUGUAAUCGUUUGACAGUCCUAGUUUCAAUAUUGGUGGAGACGCUAUAACAGCAUAACCUGCAUGUUCACUUUUUGCUGGGAACAGGACAUUAAUAAAACCAAACUGAUUAGGUGAAAGGGGAUCAGGGCUUAAUUUCUCACCAAUAUGAACCUAAUUAAAGGGGAAAUGUGAACUAAGGUUGGCCAACCAUGUUUUUGAAUAAUAUCAAUGGCUAAACAAUUAUAAGCAUAUUUUCAUUAUUUUUUUUAACGCAACACAGAUUGUUUGUUUAACUCAUAGCAACGCCCCUGACAACGAAAAUGCUUUUCUUCGGCAAAUCUUCGGAAAUUACGUCACACCGGGAAGUGCGAGGGACGUCCGCCAUAGAACAGUAUUGUUUGUUGCAUUGCUUCUAGGUAAGAUGCCACGGCGGUGUGUGGCGAUGUUUUGUUCUCACUCAAACGAAAAGUUGUAUGAGUGGCCAAAGGAUAGCAGGGCACGUAAAUGGACAUCUUUCGUUCGCACGAAGCGAAUGAAUUUCACGCCAUCAUCGAGUAGUGUUCUCUGCUGCAAACACGUCGAAGAUGCCUGCUUCUUUAACCGGUCUGCUUAUGAUCAAGGAUUUGCCAAAAAGUAAGUGUGAUUUUUGGAUAGAUGACUGAUGACUUUGUCAAAGCAGAGCUGCCAACUGUUGUGGAAUGUACAGUAGAAGCUGGCGACGUUAGCCGAAAGCCAACUCGUGGCAAUAGUCGUGGCAUAGUUGUUGUUGUGUUCGCUAGUGUUACGUCCCAAGGACGGCUCGCGAAGGGCGUAACAUAAAACGAGCCACACAAUUUCACAAGUGGCACAAAAUUUACACAACAAACUCGCAAUGAAUCUGGUAAAUGGUGUUAGACUUAUCUAGCGCUUUUCCACCUUUCAAGGCAAUAUGUACAAAAUUUAGAUGAAGUGCGGCUUCAGGGUAAGCCCAGGCCAAAACAAAAGGAAUCUACACUUGUACCCCAACUGCUAACUAAACCCUGAUGAUGAAAAAGAACGAAGAAAAGACAGCCACAAACCUAGCUUCUUACGCUAAAAAAACAGGAGAAAACGGGUUGAACAGAAAUGGCGACGUACCCCUUCUUGCUUCAGUGCUCUUAUUUACAGUGGUGAACAAAA